AGGCGAUCAGGCAUUCGGAAUCAACAUGAUGAUGUUCAAUAGCAGUCUCAUCUUCGUCCUCCUGGCUGUCAUUGCGCCAUCGCUGGGGUGCAGCGAUUUAGAGACGGAUCUUGGAAGUGCCCUUGCCACACUGGAGGCAGCUAUAGAAGCCUUCGGGUGUUAUCCGAACAUCACGGACGAACAAUGUCCAUGUAUGACUGAGGAUGGCAUAUGUUUGGUCGGAAAUGAAACGAUAGAUGAUGUUGAAUGCUUUGCAACUAAGCUGGAAGUUCUCAGGAAUAUCAUGUACACCCUUCUUGAUGACCUCGAGAAUAUAACGACAACCCGGCCUGAUGAUUGCCCAAACCUCGUAGGUUGUGCUGCACUUGUGUCUGGGUGUGAAACGGAUGAAGUUGCUGUGGUCGACCCAGUUGGGACGAUCCUGCCAAGUGUGAAUCUGGCUACAAAAGUCAGCGGAUUGACAACAGCUGAUCCAGAAGCCUGUUAUUAUGUCUUCUCCUAUAGUAACGCUCCUUUCACCCUAACCACAAGGUUGGAAAAUGGAUCCGAUUACACCAAUCUAGUGUUGGACACAGGGUCGGCAACUGGCAUUGCUCAUUGUAAUGCUGUUGUAUAUGUCGCCUUUGUAAACGGGAGUGAUACCAUUCUGGCAAUUGACACAUUGAAUUCCAACACCGUCUCAACUAUUGCCGAUAUUACCUGCAGCCCUGGCAAAGUUAGAGUAUAUGGCAGCCGAGUUUAUUUCAGUGAUUGCAAUGAAAUCAAAAGCGUCAACAAGACGGGUGGGGAUGAACAGGACGAGGUGAAGUUUUCCAUGAAUAUUGUCUCGUUUGAUGUCCUUGAGGAUGGGAAGAUAGUGUUUGCUGAUACUGCUGGUGGUCUGUGGGUCUAUGACGAAACCACCGACUGUUUCACGCUGAUCGACUGCGAGGACACAGCAAGUUCGGACGUCCUACUGAACCGCUGUACAGAGUUCAUCUACGUUGUCUACCCUGACCGCGCAUAUCUGUCCCGUUACAACGCCACUUCCUUUACGGAGGGCGAUACGUUGCUCUACACUGAGUCCACACCCAGAGGCUGUCCUAGUCUCGCGUUUGAACCAAACUGCGCUCGAUCUGUCGAUGGGAAUGCCUUCCCCUAAAAGCAGCUCCAUGUGAAAGUAAACAAACGAUGAAGUUUGUCAAAUGAAUUGAGUCCGAUCUGUAUCAGUUCAAUAAACGUUUGAGCACGA